AUGGAUAUCCUAAGGUUACUUUCUAGGUCGACUAAGCAAUCCGGUCAAAAUGGAUCACAGAAAGUAGGAGGUGUUGCUACGAAAUUACCCUCCAGUGGAACGUCUGCGAAUCCUCAAUUGUACCACGAUCCCAUUCCUGAAUCGAGAGGCAAGAAAAGAAAGAGAGGAGGACAAUCUAAGCAUGUUGAUACUACAGAACAAUCAGAUGGGAACCUUGAUUUCUUUUCCACCGAUCCUGCGACACAGAAGACUAAGAAGAGCACUUCCACAAACGAUGCGCCGAAGCUUGCGCAAUCGAAUCCUUCCUCAGAGCCGGAGCCACUUCUAGAUGAGGGGGAAUGUCGACAGAUAUUAAAAUCGCAUCGGUUGAAGGUCACCCUUCUGCCAGGUGCAAAACCGCAGAAGAAGAUUAAAAAGUCGAAAAAGUCGAAGUCCGCAAAGGCUACGAGCUCGAAGGAGGAGAUCAAGCAGUUAUACCCGCAACCAUUAAUGGCAUUUGAAGAUUUGCGAGCUACAUACAAAAUAUCGGGCAGAUUAUCAGAAAACUUGAAAGACCAAGGGUACAAAAUUCCAACGGAGGUCCAAAUGGGAAGCUUACCUCUACUUUUGAAGCCUUCAGUUGCAUUGGGUAAUUCCUCGGUAGAUACUGACGAGUUGUCGAGUACUUUCGACCUGUUAGCUGUUGCGCCUACUGGAAGUGGAAAGACGCUGGCAUUCUUGAUACCAGUCAUUAAUGAUGUAGUACAACGGCGCAGAACUUCUGACAAGAAUCAUGUUUUGGAAGCUGUGAUAAUAGCACCAACGAAAGAGCUCGCCAGUCAAAUUGUUAAUGAGGGAAAAAAACUUAGCAUUGGAACUGGAGUUAAGAUCCUAGGAAUGAAGAAAGGAAUGAAAAUAGUAUCGAGUGCAGAUGCUGAGGAAAAAGAGCAGUUGGAUGACGAUGAAGAUGAUGACGAAUCCGUUGAUGGAGCUACCUCAUCUAAGCAGCCACUUACCAGGACCGACAUACUGGUCACUACACCAUUGAUCUUCCUUCAUGCCUUAUCUUUAGGAUCAACUGAUGAUCAUGCUCCAUUACCCACUGUUCGCACAUUAGUUUUUGAUGAAGCAGAUGUUCUCUUAGACCCGUUGUUCAGAGACCAGACAUUAGGGAUUUGGAACUCAUGUAUCAAUCCCAAUUUAAGAGUCACCCUCUGGUCCGCAACGAUGGGUUCAAAUAUCGAAACCCUCGCUUCGAGCACCAUUCAAACCAGGCAAGAAAAGUUAGGCCUAGAGAAACAUUCAAAUCUUAUUCGUCUCGUGGUUGGACUUAAAGAUUCUGCCAUUCCUAACAUCACACAUCGCUUGAUUUAUGCUGCAACUGAGCCUGGUAAACUUAUUGCUCUUCGACAAUUACUUCGGCCCACCGCAAAAACUACAGAUGGGACAGAAUCUCUACGGCCUCCAUUCCUCGUCUUCACACAAACGAUAUCCCGAGCCAUAGCUUUACAUGCUGAGCUUCUGUAUGAUAUUCCCGCUGAGGCAGGCGGUUCUACCAGAAUCGCAGUAUUGCAUUCUGAUCUUUCUGACUCAGUCAGAGAUCAAGUCAUGACACGAUUUCGUAAUGGGGAGAUUUGGAUCUUGAUCACCACGGAUAUUUUAUCACGAGGUGUUGAUUUCAAAGGCAUCAAUGGCGUAGUCAAUUAUGAUGUUCCUAAUUCAGGAGCAGCUUAUAUUCAUCGCGUAGGACGUACUGGACGAGCUGGUCGCGAUGGUGGUAUUGCAGUAACAUUCUAUACCAAAGAGGAUAUUCCUUAUGUCAAGAACGUCGCAAAUAUCAUCGCGGCGUCCGAAAAACAGGCCGGGAAACCUGCGAGCGAAGCUAGUAUGCAGAAAUGGUUAUUAGAUGCGCUACCAACACCUAGCAAGGAAGAAAAAAAGAAAUUGAAGAAAUAUGGCGUUGAAGCUAGACGAGGGGGUUUGAAUAAUGCAAAGGAUGGAAAGGAUUCGAAAACGGGAAAGUCGAAAUCAAGAAUGCAGAUUAGUACGAAGAGUGGGUAUGAGAGGAAAUUGGAACAUAAUAGGAAGGGAGCUAUUCAGGGAAGUAAAAGACGAAAGCAGGAGAAUGUUGCGGAGGACGACGGAGAAACGGUGGUCGAGGAUGGCUGGGCAGGCAUUGAAGAUUGA